AAACAAAGAACAAGGAAAUAUGUAAGAGGUUGGACAGUGCUCUAACUAUAACAACCUCAACAUAGUCAGGAAUUUGUCCCAUUCUGUGUUCAAUUAAAGAUGAAAGUCUGUGUGAUUGUCACAAUGGUCUUGACUGUAGUGGCAGGUGCUCAAACACAGGAAAUCCCACAAAUAACAAUUUUUGGUGACGAAAAGAGCAUUUCAGAGAUAAACAAGGAUCUAAUGGUGGAUGAUAUCAGAAUGCCAAAUGCAGCAAAAAGUUCGAUUAUUCCGGAAACUUCACUUUGGAAUUCUCCUGUUCCAUAUGUUUUGGGAAAUGAUCUAGAUCUGAAUGCAAAAGGAGUCAUCCUGAAAGCGUUCGAUCAGUUCAGACUGAAGUCAUGCAUCGACUUUAAACCGAGGAACAGUGAGGAUUACUACAUUACUGUGCAAAAACUUGAUGGUUGUUGGUCAUACAUCGGUCGGAGCAGAAUAAAUGGACAGGAACUGUCUAUUGGACAAAAUUGUGACCAGAUUGGUAUUGUUGAACACGAGUUUUUCCAUGCUCUGGGUUUUUACCAUGAACAGUCCAGAUAUGACCGUGAUAAUUAUGUCACUAUUCAUCUGGAAAAUGUUAUUGAAGGUUUUGAGAAUAAUUUUAGAAAGGUUUCUUCAGACAGUAGCACCACCCAUGGAACCAUGUAUGAUUAUUGGUCUGUGAUGCACUAUGGUAAAAAUGAUUUUUCUAAUGGAAAUGGUCUUACAAUUACUACAAACAACGUGGCAUACCAAGACAUAAUUGGUCAGAGAUAUGAAGUGAGUGCCACUGACAUUAAAGAGCUAAACCUUCUCUACAAAUGCAACUCCACCAUCGCAUUUCUAAUGCACUGUAGUUUUUCUGAUGGAACCAUGUGUGAAAUGACCAAAUGCUCAAAAACAUUAAAUGGUUGGAAAAUUCUGUCGCAAACAACUGGACAACCUUCCUUUGACCACACAAGUCUAAACUCUACUAUGCACAGUGUAGGCCCAAGUUACUUUAUGCAUGUGAGCACUGCAACUGGACAGGAGGGAGACUCAGCCUGGCUGGAAACCAAGAGGAUGAUGCCUAAAAGGGAGUGCCAUGUCCAGUGUCUGCAGUUCUACUACUUUCACAGUGGAAGUGUAUCAGACCAGCUCAACAUCUGGUUCAGAGAGUUUCAAGAUGAGCACGAUGUCACAGGACAGCGCCAUCUAGCUGCACAGAUAACAGGUCAGUUAACAUCGCACUGGCAGCUGCAUCAUGUUUCCCUAAAUGCAACAAAGUCCUUCCAGGUGGAGUUUGAAGUGAGAAAAGGAGCUGGAAAUUCUACAGGUGGCAUCUCAAUUGAUGACAUCAAUUUGUCAGAACUGGAGUGUCCACAUGUUACGCUGCAGAUAAAUGAUUUUGAACAAAGUUCAGGAAAGAGUCGUGUGUACUACACCCCAUCUCAGCAAUCUAAAGAAGGCUAUGUGUACAGAUUUGGAGCAAUAGUCUAUGAAAGUGGUUCAGAGGCAGUGUUUGUGCAGAUGUUAUCUGGCAACUUUGAUAAUCUGCUGGAAUGGCCUGUCCCACGCAGACAGGUAGUUUUGCAAUUUGUAGAUCAACAUCCCAACAUCCAGUUACAGAUGUCCAAGCAAGUCAUUUUCACCAGUGGGAACUCAAGUUGGGAUAAUCCUAGAAAAAAUGGGAAUUACUUUGUGGAUGAAAACAAUCAAAUUGUCUACUAUGGUCCAAUAAUUGGUUAUGUGUACAAGAGGAACAUAGUAAAUUACAGAGACAUCUUCAAGGGAAACAGUGCAGUUUUCACUUUCAGCUUCCAAGAUCUUACUCAUGUUGUUGAUGGAUCAACUCUUCCCUGUCCUGAGCCACAGAUGAUGACUCUUACAGCUACUCAAAUGGAACAAGACCUGGGCCCAUGUUCUGCACAAAUCUCCACAUCCACAUCAUUAAGUACUUCAACAACAUCCUCAAGAACUUCAACAACAACUCCAAGUACUACAACAACACCAUCUAGCACUGCAACUACACUGUCAAGUACUACAACACCAGCAAGUACUUCAACAGCACUGUCAAGCACUACAGCAACACCAUCAAGCACUUCAACAACUGCCUCAAGUACCGCAACAACAUCAUCAAGUACUUCAACAACACCCUCAUUGGCUUUCCUUAUCUUUAUACUAUGUAGCUCUUUUUAA